CUCUCUUAUUGAGCUGUUGACUUCCCUCAGUUUACAAAUCACAACUGUCCGAGAGUAGUAGGAGGAGAGAGAGAGAGAAUGGGGUGGUUUCCAUGCUCUGGACAUUCAAAGCCAGCAUCAAAGAAGAAGAAGAGGAAGAAGAAUCGCUCACUCGAUCCGAUUCAACCCUCCUCAGUGAGCAUUAGGUCAAAUCCAUCAUUCAAAACAAAGGAAGGAGCGAUCAAAGAUGGGGGAUCAGGUCAUAUUGCUGCUCAAACAUUCACAUUCCGUGAACUGGCAGCUGCAACUAAAAAUUUCAGGGGUGGUGAUUGUCUUCUCGGAGAAGGAGGCUUUGGUAGAGUAUAUAAAGGCCGACUUGAAAGUUCUAAUCAAAUUGUAGCCAUUAAGCAACUGGAUCGCAAUGGACUUCAAGGAAACCGUGAAUUCCUAGUAGAAGUGUUGAUGUUAGGGUUACUUCAUCACCCAAAUCUUGUUAACCUAAUUGGUUAUUGUGCUGAUGGAGAUCAAAGACUGCUGGUUUAUGAAUACAUGCCUCUUGGAUCUCUUGAUGACCAUCUCCAUGAUCCGUUACCUGGGAAGAAACGAGUGGAUUGGAAUACAAGAAUGAAAAUUGCUGCUGGAGCUGCGAAAGGGCUGGAAUAUCUUCAUGAUAAAGCAAAGAUUAUCACAGGCCGAAAAGCAAUUGAUAAUUCCAAAACAGGAGGCGAGCAGAAUUUGGUUGCAUGGGCAAGACCUUUGUUUAAAGACCGAAGAAAGUUUUGUCAGAUAGCGGAUCCAUCACUUGAGGGCCAGUACCCAACACGGGGUCUGUUUCAGGCUCUUGCGGUUGCAGCCAUGUGUGUCCAGGAUCAACCCAACAUGCGACCGGUUAUAGCCGAUGUGGUUACAGCCUUGACCUAUCUUGCUUCACAGAAAUACGACCCGGUUUCAAACCCAAACCCAAACCCAAACCCACGGUGGUCACCUUCCACUCCCCCAAGAUCAAAACGUGACAAUCAUAAAAAACAGGGUGGCAGUAGCGGCGGCAGUAGUGGUGGCAGCGGCAGUGUGAGCACCAGUGGAUCUGAGAAAAAUCACACCAAAAAUUUCUUUUAAGGUUUUGGAGUUUCAUCAUCAUAUCAUAUGUAUGUUGAGUCCCACUUUAUCAUCUUGCUGUACAGUAGUUAUAUAAUUAUAUUAGAUACGUGUAUAUUUACAUAUUUAUUAAUUUUAUAAAGACAAACAGCAUCUGGUUGAUUUAUAUGUCAUAAAGCUUUGUACUAGUGGACACUGGACAGGUAUAUCUAUUUUCUACUGGAAUAUCAGUUGUUACUUUGUUUUU